AUUGGGCAUUGACCGUAGACUAAUGACCUUUUGGUCGACUCCCGCAGGCACAGUAUCGUUUCUCCCCCUUUAAAUUUAUGCCCCUUUAUCAUACCUUCGUUCACCGCCGGGCCUUUAAUUUCUCUUUGCCUUUUAUCUCGUCUCCUGCCUCUCAGCCUUUUGUGGCUUUGGUCUGCAGUUCUCUUUGCAAGUUCAAGUUCGGAUUUCUUAACUUAUAAAUAUGAAGAAAGUAGUGUUGAAAUUGGAGCUACACGAUGACAAAGAAAAGAAAAAAGCCAUGAAGAAAGUUUCUGGCCUUUCAGGAGUCGAAUCGAUCUCCCUGGACAUGAAGGACAAGAAAUUGACGGUAACUGGGGACGUUGAUCCAGUACAUAUAGUGGGCAAACUGAGAAAGCUCUGCCACACAGAAAUAGUUUCUGUAGGACCAGCAAAAGAGCCUGAAAAGAAGAAGGAAGAGCCCAAGAAACAGGAGCCAAAGAAGAAGGAAGAGCCCAAGAAAGAGACCAAAGAGAAAGACGAUGUGGCUGAGCUUGUUAAGGCUUAUAAGGCAUAUAAUCCUCAUAUGACAACCUACUAUUAUGCUAGAAGUGUUGAAGAAGAUCCUAAUGCGUGUGUUAUUUGCUAGGUAGGUCUUACAAGAACUUACAGAGGAAAUAAUCUAGAAAAAGGAAAGAAAACAAAAGAAAAGCAUGUCUUUAUUGGUUGGUGAUAAUUUGGAUCAAAUUAGUAUCUAUGAUUGUACUAUCUGUACAGUGAGUGAUGUUGGGAUUUUCAACUUUAUGUUUUCUGGUUUUCUUCUUUCGAUGUAUCAAAUUUUGGAAGUGAUUUUUCAUUAAUGGGUGUUCUCUAAGGUUUUCCA